AGCUACCGUUUUACAACGCAGAAGAAGAAAGCGGAAGUGUGCCGCUGUCAGUUUUAUAACAACAUUGGAACAAAGCGCCUCGUAUGACUACAACCAGCCCACACUGUUUUGCAUUAGACCAGCAUGGAUCCACCAGAGUCAAAGGGAGCUGAUCCUGACCGCGAACAGAACCCCAAACCCGAACUUUCGGCAGCGAUGCGGGCUAAAAUCGAGAGGAACCGACAGCGAGCGUUGAUGCUCCGACAAGCCCGACUAGCCAGCCGCCCGCUGUCCGCGUUGGAGGGCGCUACCUCGGCCAAAGUUUCCAAAAUCAUCGACUCCGGUGCCGGUUUCUUUAUCGAGGAGGAGGAGGACGGAGGGGGCCAGCAGGACACCAAGCAGGUGGUGCAUCAGCCAGCUCCGGUGAUUGAACCUGAAUACCUGCUGUGCGACGAGUGCCAAAAGCCCUUCAUGGACUCCUUUCUCAGCAACAGCUUUGACUUGUCUGUGUGUGACAAGUGCAGAGACAACGAGGAAAAGCACAAGUUGAUCACUAGAACAGAGGCCAAGAAUCAAUAUCUGUUGAAAGACUGCGACUUCGACAAAAGAGAGCCUCCUCUCAGGUUCAUCCUGAGGAAAAACCCUCAUAACCCACGCUGGGGGGAUAUGAAACUCUACCUCAAGCUACAGGUGGUAAAGAGAUGUAUGGAUGUUUGGGGUUCGGAGGAGGCCCUGGAGGAGGCCAGAGAGACGAGGGAAGAAAACAAAGAGGUGCAGAAACAAAAGCGGUUCAACAAGAAGGUCAAAGAGCUACGCAGGGCAGUGAGGAGCAGCAUGUGGACCAAAAACACCAGCGUACACCAGCAUGAGUACGGACCAGAGGAGGUGGUGGACCCAGAGGAGGACCUCUACAAGAAGACCUGCACCACCUGUGGACAUGAACUUACCUAUGAGAAAAUGUAGAUGGACAAGUUUAGACCAGUAAAAGGCCAAAAGGUUUGGUGCUUCUGCUGGAAACAUCGUCUCUGCCAAGAACAGUCCUGUUCACAAUAACUGGGAGUGCAUUGUUUUGAAUGCCUUCAGAAAUAAAUGCAAAGACAGCUUAGUACAGUCAGGAUGCUUUAAUGUCCAACGAUGCUGAACAAACCUUUCAUAGGAAAUUAAAAGUGGCUAAUAUAGUUGUAAAUCAUGUGGAAACAAGGAUGUAAAAGUCCCACAUGGACUCAAAUUUUCAUCUGGUAGGUUGACACCACUCAAGUGGGCCAAUAUUGAGAUGCUGUACAUGUAAACUGCAAAUGUAUUCUCAGCAUUGUGUCAAAGAUGAAUUAACUGUGUCUGAUAAGUGUCUUGUACAUACUGAAUAGUUUAUAUUAAACUGACUCAAAGAUGGAUUUUCAAUUAACUCAUUUUAUUAGCAUAUGGUGUUUGUGAGGCUUCCCAUUAAGUGGUGCCAAUAGUGUAAAUCAUUUUUUUUUUUUAAAUACAAGGUCAUGGAAAAUUGAGAAUGUUUGCGUACAAAAUUUUCAGUUCUGUGCUGCCUCUGAACACCAUGUUACUUUUGUACAUCUUCAGAAUGGGUUAAAUACAAGGAACAAACCAAAUGUUAA